UGAUUGCUGAGUGACGGCUGAUUAUUUAUUAAAAGUUCAUUAUAGCGAAGUUCAUAAAAUGAUUUUAUAUUGAAUAGUCAUAUAUUAUAAGUGAAACUAUUGCGUUAAAGUAGAGCAUAAUGAUAAGUAAUAACGCAUAGUUUAUAAAUUAAUAUUAGAUUGCUAUAAAUGAAGAAAAUAAUCAUGGUCUCUCCUUUUAGACGUUUGUUGCAUUGGGGUCCAAUUUCGGUUUUAGGUAUUAUUAAACUAAUAACAUGGGCAAUGGUUCAUCUGAUGAGCAUGUGGUGGCCCCCUCAUGUUUCACUAGGGGCCGCUCUCCACUCCCUCAUGUUCCUCAGCCUUGCUGCUCUUACUCUAUAUUAUUUCCUACAAGCUUUACUUGAAGGACCAGGUUAUGUGCCAAUAGGAUGGAAGCCUGAAAAUGAAGAGGAUGUGGAAUAUUUGCAGUACUGUGUUGUGUGUGAGGGUUACAAAGCACCGAGGUCACAUCACUGUAAAAAAUGUGGGAGGUGUGUAAAGAAAAUGGAUCAUCACUGCCCAUGGAUCAACUGUUGUGUGGGAUAUGCAAAUCAUGGCUAUUUCAUCACAUUCCUGAUAUUUGCUGUCUUUGGAUGCCUUCAUGCAUCUAUUGUGCUGAUAAUCUGCCUGUACCAUGCGAUCAACCGUGGCUGGUACAUGUACCAUGGCACGGGUGGCGAGCCUCUGAUCUUCCUUACGCUGACCACGCUUCUGCUGACGCUACUCGCCAUCGGGCUGGCGGUGGGCGUCGUGCUCGCGGUUGGCGCCCUGCUGUAUUUGCAGAUACGAGGUAUACUCCGCAACCGCACCACCAUAGAGGACUGGAUUGUCGAGAAAGCGGUGAGCCGCCGCGAAGAGCGUGGGUUGCCCCCCUUCGUGUUUCCCUACACGCACCGCUGGGCGGACAACUUGCGCUCGGCCUUCGCCCCCGCACUGGGCGACGGGCUCACUUGGCAAGUGGUGGAGGGCGCCGGGCCGUAUGAUCUUACUAUGGAGCAGAAAGCCCAAAAGGUAGACAAGCAGCUCCGCUCCCGGCUGUUCACGGCCAGCAGCGAGUACUCCGGGCGGUGGGUACCCAUCCUGUCGCGGCCGCGCGCCGCCUUCGCAGCACCCUGCACGGACGAGCCCAGACUUGCGCUAAAGCCUGGAGACCUUAUCAGAGCCACGAGGCAGAGAAGGCACUGGCUCUUUGGUGAGAAGCUGGUUGCAUUCGACGAUGCAAGCCGCGGGCCGCGGGGUUGGUUCCCGCGGGAUGCUGUGGUGCCAACCGAUCAGAUCAAGAGUAAGCCGGACUAGCAUUGUCCUCUCUGGGUUGCUAGAUGUGCUGUAUACAUGUGAUUCUUAAUUUUUUUUAAACAGCGCCAUCUAGUGGUAAGUUAUUGGUACUAUGUACCUUGUCAAAGUUUGUAAUUAAUAAAACAGAAAUCAAAUUAUUACACAGAUAUCAAAUAAUUUUUAGUUAAAUGUAUGAAACCUUAUGCUGUUCUAAUUAUAUGAGUUAAAUCAAUUUGGAAUUAAACAUUAUCUAUUCUUUUUAAUGUAAUCAUAUUAGUUUUGGUGUCAUUGAUAUAUUUUUCUUGAUUUUUGUUUUUAUACGAAAAACUACAGCGAAUUUGAUUAAAUAAAUGCAUUUUUCUAGUACUUUGUCAAUAAAAAUGUUGAAUUCACCAUACAAGUAAUUUCGAGACAUUAAGUGCUGUUUUAUAUUAUAAUUAAAAAUUUACGCAAGGGAGGGCUAUUUAUUGAUUUUAUUAUGUAAGUCACUGAAACACACUAUCAAACGUUUAAAAGUCAUUAUUAAAAUAAUAUUCCAAGUUAAGAAUACAUAGUGUUAUUGCAUUGUAUAGAAAACAUUUUAUUAAA